AUGGUUGCUCAGAGAUGGAGCGUACCAAGGGCGAGACAGAUUGAACCCCAGUGUGUCGACAGUGUAUUGGUUAAAAAGCCGCAAGAGGGAGCAAACUACAACAAAUUUAUUAAAAGUACCCUAUACUCUCCAGCAAGGCAGUAUCCUUUGCUUGGCCCUGAAGAGAAAAAUAAGCUCAAAAGUCUCAAUCCUGAGCCUUUGCUAGUAGGUUUGUUAUCAGAAAACCCUCUGAGCCUUGGAAGUAUACAGACCCACUUUGGAAACUUACCAAAAGGUUCUGCAUUGUCCUACCAGCAAAGGCUCACAGAACAAUACAUUAUCAAUGACUACGGUCAGACAAAUUUCCCAGACCUACCACUGUCUGGCGCCGGAGAUCGCUUUGUAAACAGCUUAUCCACCUGUUUAGAAAGCACCAAACUUGCAAAGUUACAAACACUUACCGUCACAUUAGACAUGGCCCGCGACUUGGAACAUAAAACAAGAGAACAAAGCGAGAGUGGACUCUGGCACUCAUUACGACAGAAGAGAAUAACUGCAAGUAAAUUCGGCAUCGUCGCAAAAAGAGUAUCAAAUUUUGAAACCCUUGUACAACAGCUUCAGCCUUCCAGGUACGUACAAACAGCUGCCAUGAAACGUGGUAUCGAAAUGGAAGGAAGGGCAGCAUUUAUCUACGCCAGUAAAGAGAAAAAGGGCAUGGCCAAUGUAUACCCUUGUGGUCUUGUAAUAAACCCGAAAUGUCCUUGGCUGGGUAGUUCUCCUGAUAGAAGAGUUUAUGAUAUAGAGGCAGUUCAAAAUGGUUCAUCAGACCCUUUUGGUUUGUUUGAAAGCAAAGUUGUUCAGGAGGGGGUGACGAGUUUUGAUGCUGUUUCCUAUUUGAAGCGCGAUCCGGUUACCAACGAACUAAGACUUAAAGAAAAUCAUAUUUACUACCUUCAAGUACAGUGCCAGCUGGGUACUACUGGGUUAGACUGGUGUGAUUUUUUUUGUUACAUUAAUGACGAUUUAUUUUUUUGUCAAAGAAUUAAAUUCGAUCCUGUUGUUUUCCAGCAAAGUAAAGACCGAGUUGACAACUUUUAUUUCAACUAUUUUCUGUGA